GCGGGCCCCUACGUGAAUGGGAAAAUAUCCGCAAUCCACUAGCUUUCGUUACAGGAGCGAGAUCCGGUGCUCGGUAAAUGCCUUUAAAACCAAAAUAUAAUUAAUUAUAAUAAAAAUGAAAUUUAAAAUAAAAUAAAAUCCUAAUAAUUUGUUUGGUUUCGUCGUUGUUCUGAUGGUGACGACAUAACGAAUCUUCCUAUCUGGAUAGAUCCCAUCCAACCUCAUCGUUGACGAAAAAAAUCACAUUACAAUCGAAGUUUUUCUUUUUUCUCCGAAAAUUUGCGGACCGUGAAAGUUUCAUUGUCGAGCUUCAUGUUGCAAAAUCGAGAUCGGCCUGGCCUUGCUCAAGCUCAGCUACGACGUCCUUUCAAUUAGGGUUUUCAUUGAAGAAAAUAGAGCUUUAAUUCAAAGUUUUUACCCAAUUGUUUCUGAGAAAUUUGAAAUGAAUUCGGACGUUGCUUAGCCAACGGUAUCACGGGAUAUUUCGAAGUUCAGUUCUUUGGGGAAAAAGAAGAAUCUCUGAUAAAAUUUUCAGAACAGAAGGAAAUGGCAACUCCAGUUGAACCUCCAAAUGGUGUUCAUUACCAAGGCAAACAUUACUUUUCCAUGUGGCAAACAUUGUUCGAAAUCGACACCAAAUAUGUGCCGAUCAAGCCUAUCGGAAGAGGUGCAUACGGUAUCGUUUGCUCUUCUGUGAAUCGCGAAACCAAUGAGAAAGUUGCCAUUAAAAAGAUAAACAAUGCCUUUGAGAAUCGCGUCGAUGCACUGAGAACUUUGCGUGAAUUGAAGCUUCUCAGACAUCUUAGACAUGAAAAUGUGAUUGCUUUGAAAGAUGUGAUGAUGCCGAUUCACAGGAGAAGCUUUAAGGAUGUUUAUCUAGUUUACGAACUUAUGGAUACGGAUUUGCAUCAAAUUAUUAAGUCUUCUCAAGCGCUUACAAAUGAUCACUGUCAAUAUUUCCUCUUUCAGUUGCUUCGAGGCCUGAAGUAUCUUCACUCAGCAAAUAUUUUACACCGUGACCUGAAGCCUGGAAACCUUCUUAUAAAUGCAAAUUGUGACCUUAAAAUUUGUGACUUUGGACUGGCACGCACUAGCAAUGCCAAAGGUCAAUUCAUGACAGAGUAUGUUGUCACUCGCUGGUACAGGGCCCCUGAGCUUCUCCUCUGCUGUGACAACUAUGGAACAUCCAUUGAUGUGUGGUCUGUCGGAUGCAUCUUUGCAGAACUUCUUGGCCGAAAACCCAUCUUCCCUGGUACAGAGUGUCUCAACCAACUUAAGCUGAUCAUCAACGUCCUUGGCAGCCAGAAGGAGGAGGAUCUUCAAUUUAUAGAUAACCCCAAAGCCAGGAAAUACAUCAAAUCACUCCCAUAUUCUCAUGGAACCCCCCUUUCCCAUCUUUAUCCAAAUGCCCAUCCUUUGGCAAUUGAUUUACUGCAGCAGAUGCUUGUUUUUGACCCUUCAAAAAGGAUUGGUGUAACUGAAGCACUCCAACAUCCUUACAUGGCACCCUUGUAUGAUCCUAACUGCAAUCCUCCAGCCCAGGUGCCAAUCAAUCUUGACAUAGAUGAGGAUUUAGGGGAAGAGAUGAUUAGGGAGAUGAUGUGGAAGGAAAUGCUUCAUUACCAUCCCGAAGUUGCUACAGCCAAUGGUGAGGUGUUUGCCUAAUCUUUUCCACUUUUUGGUUCUGCACUCAAGCUUACGAGGUUGUUUUACUAAUGACGAGCAGCGUUUUUUCUUGGUAGUAUUAGAUGUUAUAUUUAUGUCUUUGCGACUUCUUUAUGCUUUUAAUAAUGUUGGUGAAACAUAUGUGAUGUGUCAGUUGUCAGCUGUGAUGCAUGAUAUAACUAAAUUUUGUAUCAAUAGCUUGUUUAGGAGCUUGAGCUCUUUACUAUAGAUGCAGUUUCUUUUUUAAACUUGUAUAUCAGGUUGCUGUUGUGUAUGUACGUGUUCAACUCUGAGAACUUAUUUUUUAACAUGUAAAUUAAGUUUAGACAUCAAGAACUAUUAUUACUAGCAGUUUAAUAUGUAUGAAAGGAAAAAACCACUUUCAUGUUGGCUGUUGCAUUUUCACCUGCUACAGUUACUCAAUGCUCACUCAUGCUGAUGGUUCUUUGAGAAGAACGGUUCAAAGCCAGGCACUGUAAUAUGUUUAAGUACUUCUAAACAUUA